AGAAAUACUUUCGAAAUCAAAAACGAUUUUCCAUACUGUGAGCAGAAGAAGCAGCUGCGUAAAUUGGUGUUGGCCGAUAACAGCCGGAUUCCAUUGUUGCCGACGAUACACUAUCCACAUUUUCAUCGAUUUCAUCAGCCAACAACGUUUCCUGUGGUGAUCUCGGUGAAUGAAGGCUAUCAAGGUAUAGGAAAGAUCAAAGUGAACAGCCAUGAAGAAUUAUGCGAUAUUGAAGGAGUUCUACAAAUCAUGGGCAAAGGUGACACAGAGGUAGAAGUGGAACCAUACGUCGAUCUUAAGUUCGACGUGCAUGUGCAGAAAAUCGGCCACGAGAUCAAGACUUUUCUACGUCGCGGGAUAUCGAAGAACUGGAAAAGCAACGUUGGCUCAGCGGUUUUGGAACAGCUACCCACCAAUGAACGGCAUAAACAGUACAUACACGCGAUUUGUGAGCACGUGGGUCGAAUGUCGAUCUGUUCAAUAGACAUACUGGUCUCCAAAGAGGGACGAGAAUACGUGCACGAUGUUAACGACGUCAUCGCUUAUUUCGGUGAGUCACAAGAGGACGAUCGACGGAACACGGCCGCUCUGCUGCGGGCCAUCUUGGCCCCCGCCCCUCGAUUACCAUCACGCCCAUCGAUGGAGCGACCCAAAGAAGGCACCCAAAGCGCCCCAUUCACAAUGGCAACUCGCACCAUUCCAUUGAGAAAGAAACCACGCCGAAUCCCUGAAAAACGGAGUUUAAGGAGCAAUCAUCAGCUAGAACGUCACAGUCCUCGUUCGCGACGACUGACACCAUGGGGCCCAUUAAGGCCCACUUUGUGCCGUAUCCUUUUGGUGAGGCUCCAGGCUGAGGGCAGACCGGUCAUACGUGGUACUAAUGGGAGACGUGUCCCAAAGUCGAGCUCGUGGUCAAUCCCUACAAAGAACCUUCGUAAUAGUCACUAUAUGGAACUCCUUGUG